UUGCUAGUUGUGCGGGGUGAAGUGAGGCUCGCGGUUGGUAUACUGCACUUCAGUUGCGUCCAGGCAGACAGGGUUACAACACGCGCGCGUGGCUCUUCGAGCUAUAACUACGGAAAAAUCUGUGACAAAAUGCUACAUAAUCGAUGCUCAAAAAUAAUAUCGAUGGUGCGAUCAACCAGUUCUUCCCAGGAGUCAAACCUGAAUACUAAUUAUUAUGAGCUGCCUUUAUCUACUACGAACGAAAAUAACUCUUUGAAUGAUGCGGAUCUUCAUAACAGCUCAGACAGCAUCCUGGAUUUUGAUUCAGAUGAUUCAGUUUCUGAUAAAAAUUAUUUACCCUCAAGUUUAGAUCCGUCAAAAUGUUCAGAAGAUUCAGAUCCUACAAAUACCAUCCCCCAAGUACCAUCCCCCAAUCACCGUCAAUUAACGUAUCUGUUCCUGAGUCACCUGAAGUCUCAAGCGACGAAGAUACGCCAUUAA